ACAUAGCUAAAAGUUGCUGUUCAGGAGCAGGAUCUGUUUAGGUGUUUCCAUAACGACCAGUUGUUCUCAGAUUUCCUGCAGCAGCAGCAGAUCUUCAGCUCCGAUAGAGUCUGGCUCUGUAGCAACUUACUCUGCAUAAAGGUUUAGGGCAUGGCUGGUCAUGAUGGUAAUGAAGGAAAAGACUUAGAGAAAACCUGCUUUUGUUUUUGCUCUGAUGCAAAUCAAACAGACAACAUGAUCAGACUGGAUCACUGUGACCUCCUCCUAGAUUCAAUAGAUCAACAGCUUGAUCAGCUGCAGAUAAAGUCUCCAAAGCUGAAAAAUCACAUCUUCCAUGCGACAGGAAAUGCCAAACCUGCAGAAAAUACACAGAGCUCCUGGGAUAAUUUAUUCAAUCAUAAGGAAAGCAAAAGAAGUCUGGAAAAAAUCCUUGAGGGCAAAGAGGAAACUUACUGGGAUCAGGUCAUCUGGAGGCUCGAGAGGCUUCCUAGAGAGGUUUGUAAAAAAGAGACACAACCUCUUCCAGAUCGUAUCUCCACGGAGGACUUUGUAAAAUGCUUCAAAGAGGAGAUGAUAGACCUGUCUCAAUUUGAAAAUAUGGAUCGACUAAACCGAGAGGAAAAGAUAGAGAGGGCAAAAAUCCCUGACAGUGAGACUCUUCAAAGCAAUCAAAACCGUCCAAGUCCUGAGAGAAGAUGGUCAGAAACAAUUGACGGGAUGAUGGCUCAUGGUUUUCAGUCAGAUAAAUCCUGUCUGAGAAAGGAAGAGAGAACGUCUCUUCUUGGAAGGUACAGAGAAAAUAUGUCACAAGAUAACAAGAGAGCAGCAGCUGGAGAGAGAAACGAGACGCCACAGAGGCCUGGAGAGUUCGGCAGUGGAGUUGCAGCUUGGAGUUUUGACAACAUGUCAGCUGACAGCCAACUUGAUUCAGACAGCUUAGAAGAAAGGAAGCAGGUCAAGUGGACAGGAUAUUGCUCCUUUAUUAAAGAGUUAGACUAUCCAAAUGACGGCUCUAUUAACUACAGUGACAAUGACACAGCAGCAGGAGAAGAAAGGGAAAAUCAGGCUACAGCAGGUAAAUGCAGAAAUUGA